AUGAAGCAUUUCAGAGACAGAGAGAGGGCAGCAUGUGAACCAAUGCAGCCUGGGAGGUAGUGCCAGACUUCUGCAGCAUAAGGCAGUGUGGCCCAGCUUGAUGUCCGUGCCCGCAGGAGUGAGACAGCAGGAGCUGUGGCAUGCUCAGGAGAGCGGGACCGUCUCUGCGUCACUUCUUGCUGGAGAGGAAGAGCGGCGCUGGAUAUAGCUCCUAUUCCAGUGAGGCAAAAAUGUCAAGGCCAGUGCAAGCUCAGAGGCUGGAGGGAAUAGAUAAGAAUAUCUGGGUGGAGUUUGUAAAACUGGCUGCCACCUACUCCACGGUGAACCUGGGCCAGGGCUUCCCUGACUUCCCUCCACCAGACUUUCUGAAGGAAGCAUUUAUGAGAGCCCUCAGUGGGGAGAACCACAUGCUGCACCAGUACACCCGUGCCUUUGGCCACCUGCCUCUGGUGAAGAUCCUAGCCCAGUUUUUUGGGAAGCUGCUUGGACGAGACUUGGAUCCUAUGACCAAUGUGAUGGUGACUGUGGGGGCAUACCAGGCUCUUUUCUGCUGCUUCCAGGCUUUUGUUGAUGAAGGCGAUGAGGUGAUAAUCAUUGAGCCCUUCUUUGACUGCUAUGAGCCGAUGGUGAAAAUGGCUGGUGGGAUGCCCGUGUUUGUCCCACUGAGACCGAAAGCUCCAAAAGAUGGAAAAUUGAUGUCUAGUGCAGAUUGGCAGCUGGACCCAGCUGAACUGGCUUCUAAAUUCAGUGAACGGACAAAAGCCAUCGUCCUGAACUCACCCAACAACCCUCUGGGCAAGGUAUUCAGCCGAGGGGAGCUGGAGCUCAUCGCAGACCUGUGCGUGAAGCACGAUGUCCUGUGCAUCAGUGAUGAAGUGUAUGAGUGGCUGGUCUAUGACGGGAAGGAACACAUCCGCAUUGCCAGCUUGCAAGGGAUGUGGGACCGCACGGUGAUCAUCGGGAGUGCUGGGAAAACCUUCAGUGCCACUGGAUGGAAGGUGAAUUCCCUCGUGCAGCACUUCGUUGUCUCCCCAUUCCUUUGCUCCAAGGUGGGCUGGACCGUGGGACCCAACCGGCUGCUGCAACACCUCCGUACUGUGCACCAAAACUCAGUGUACCACUGUGCCACAGUUGCCCAGGAGGCUGUGGCUGAGGGUUUCCAGAGGGAGCUCGAACUCUAUGGGAAACCAGAAAGCUAUUUCGUCCAACUGCCCAAGGCGCUGCAGCAGAAGAGAGACUGGCUGGUCCAGAGCCUGGAUGCUGUGGGGAUGAAACCCAUCAUCCCUGAGGGCACCUACUUCUUGGUGGCAGACAUCUCCAAGUUCAAAUCCGACGUCCCUGAUGUCCCUGACUCCGAUGAGCCCUACGACUCCAGAUUUGCAAAGUGGAUGGUCAAGAACAAGGGACUUGCUGCCAUCCCGCUCUCUGCUUUCUACUGUGGGGCCCACAAGAACAACUACAACCAUUUCAUCCGGUUCUGCUUCGCAAAGGAGGAAGCCACUCUGAAGGCAGCAAAUGACAUAUUGCAAAAAUGGAAACAGGAGAAAACCAGUCCCUGAGCAUACUGGAGAGAAAACCACACUCUCCUCGGUCCUCACCUGCCACAACCGCUCUUUCUCCUCUUCCUUUGCUUGGCUACAAACUUUGAUAUGUCCUUAUUUUUGUUCUUUCAACCACAUUUUCUGUCAAACAAAUGGUUAAGAGGUUUGCCAGGCCCAAGAUCUGGGGGACACUUCCUGUUACUGUGAAACAAUUGCACUGUUCCUUGCAAAAAGUGAGUCUUCGCAUGCACUGUCAGUAUUUGAUAUUUCUUCUUACUAUGUUUAAAGACUUUACUAAUCAGUUCUGGGAUGCGUCCAUCAAAACACAAGGUACAAAUGGCUCCCAGGGUCUUUUUCACCAUCAAAUUCUGAAAAGGUGUUUCAGGACCUACCUUUAAGGCUAUGCUGGGAGUUCACUGUGGCUUGUCUUGCUGCACAUCUCCACUCACAUACCCCAGGGCACAGGACAGCAUUUUCACCAGCAUCCGCAUUCUCCACAGGACUGUGCAGUCAGAAGGUUGAUUCCUUUAAUCCUGAAAAUUAUUAACCCAGUGAAAUGCUGUUUCCCAUAAUUAACAAUUUUCUUACUGGUUUCUUUUAUGUGCAUCUCUGGAAGGUGACCUCAAAAUUGAUAACUGGUUUCCCCGAGGAAACAGGCUUUCCUAAAUAGCCCAGCUAUUGCCAAACCUUCCCUGUGCACACCCCAAACUAUCCCUGGCACUUUGUCAGGGCUUGGCAGCAUCGCCCAGGCUGCAAAGCAAAACCUUCGGGCCUUUGGCCAGUGCACGCAGUGGCCGGGGAGGAUGGGCACAGUGGCCGCAGGCUGCUCCUGCUGCUGGUGGCCCCCGCAACCUCCCACCCACCGCGCUGGUGGGGUAAUGUGAGCAGCAUUUUGAAAGGUAAUUCUUGCAACAUUCUCGAUUUUAACCUGGAUAAGAAUGUAAACCAGCAUCAUCAAUCACGCAGGAGUUAUGUGCAACAGACUGUGCAAUAAGUAUUUGUGGCAGUUAGAUUAUUAAAGAUAAAUUACUGCAAUUA